GAAAAUUAUUUUUAUUUUUUUUUGUUGAUUUUGUCUGAUUUUGUCAUGUAAUAAUUUUGGAGUAUUAUUGUCAAUUGUCAUAUUGUUGAUAAUAAAAAAGGGUCAUUGAAAAAUGGCAACAAUUGGUGCACGAUUUAAAUCAGGCCCCCAGGAUAUGCCACCUCCUGGAGGCUACGAUCCAAUUCAAACAUCUCGUGUUCAUCUUCGUCGAGUUGUAACACCAACUAUUGCAAGUGCAUUGACAAUUGCAAGUGCUGUUAUUGGUGGUAUUGCAUUUUAUUAUUCAACUCGUGAUUUUAGAAGAUCACAAAUUGAAAUGCAAAGUGCUCGUCAUGUAUUGCUACCAUUGUUAAUUGCUGAACGUGACAGAGAAUUCUUGAAAAAUCUUAGACGUAAUUAUAAUGAAGAAAAAGAAUUGAUGAAAGAUUAUCCAGGUUGGGUUGUUGGAACUUAUUUUGGUGAACCAGUUUAUCAUGGUGAACCUGAAGAAAAAUUAAUUGAACCAUGCUAUAAGGAGUACACUGUUCAUGCAUCAUUUGAAGAUACACAAGAACUUUAUUUCCGUUCAGUUUUAACGUAGAUUGUUAAAUAAAUAUCAACGAGAAAUAUAAGUCUCUGUACUAAACAAAAAAAAUGAUAGUUUUUCAGUAAUAAUUAUCACAUCAUUAUAAAUAUUGAAUAAAUCAAGUUGAAUAAUAUUAAA